GGUGGACGCAGAAAGGUAGUAUUUUCUUAAAUUUCAUGUAGUCGAGGAAUCAGAGAUGCACAGCACUUCCGGAAGAGGUAGCCUGCAGGUAUGCUUCCCCUGCAUGGCCUGCAAGAUGACAGCGCCUGUUCAACAGACCGGAGUUUGACAGACAGCUCUGACACGUGACAGCCGUUCCGUUCAUAAGGACCUUUCGUCUACCAUUUAACGUUCGCUUUUGGUUAUACAGUGACAUUGGGGCUAUAUGAAAAAUGUCUCAUUUGAAGCAUAAGGGAACAAGGGAACAGAUCUUCGAUUUGUUGCGACGAGAGAAAGGGGAAGUAAAACACAAUAAUCAUGAACAGUCAGAUGGAUGUGCAGAAUCUGUUUGAACGCAUCAAGUUCAUUUCUGAAGAAGCUGCGCACAGAAUUAGUGAGGCAGUACCUCAUCAUCAAGAUAUUCUCUCAUUAACAAGGGAGGACCUUAAUGAACUCCUGCCAGGUGGACGUAAUUUUCAAGUUCGGAAGCAGAUCAUGGGUCUCAUCAAUUUGUUUUUACAGGAACAAGCCGGACAAAGUAUGGAUUCAGUCCCAGCUGAUGUCAUGAGUGAUUUUUCCCCUUCAGAGCCAGUUUCCUAUGAUCCAGAUAUUCUGACAUCAACAAGGGAGGAUCUUAAUAAACUCCUGCCAGGUGUCUGUAAUUUUCAAGUUCGAAGUCACAUCAUGGGUCUCAUCAAAGUGUUUUUACAGGAACAACCCAGACAAAGUAUGGAUUCAAUCCCAGCAGAUGUCAUGAAGGCGGCUCCUUAUGAUCCAGAUUUUCUGACAUCAACAACAGAGAACCUUAAUAAACUUCUACCAGGUGACCAUAAUGUUCAAGUUCAAAGUCACAUCAUGGGUCUCAUCAAAGUGUUUUUACAGAAGCAAACUGGACAAAGUACAGAUUCAAGCCCAGAUGCCAUGAGUCUUGCUCCUGAGAUCCUACAGUCCAACGGCCUUUGCACUGAGUCAGAUAAAAAGCAGCAACACCUGACUACCCUGGAUACCAGUAAGCCAAACAACACCAAUAACAGCCAGCUUCCCGGGAAGGGCACUGAUCCUGCAGGAGAGGAGAGUGAAUCUGAUCCAAGGACGACUGUACCAGCAGCAGAUCAUUCCAGUGGCGCCUCUGGAGGUGUUUGCCAAGGACAACUGCAAUCGGUGCGCGCCAAGCCCAGAUUUUUAUGUCAAGCUGAAACGUUGCACAUCCAUGCACAUGGACCACAUAUGAGCCCGCCAGCGACCGAUGAGCAGCCGGUGGAGGGAACGAGGCAGGGCGACGAGGCUUCAGAGGGGAACCCGCAGGCGACAGCCGACCCGGAGGGCCAGGGCCAGCAGGCGCCGACCAAGCCACAGCGCAGAAUACAAACCUGUCAUCCUGGUGUUCAUACACCACUGUCACAACCCCAGUCACAUGACUGACAUCACAGUGCAACCGUCCAGGGGCAACAUACUGCAAGUCGUCCACUGUGCCUUCCAUGAAACUAAAGGGCUGCUGCGAUGUCAGGAGAAUGAU